AUGAUUUGUUUGGCCUGUCAUAAAUUUACCCGACCCGAGGAACAGCUAAAUUGCUCUGUAUGCAAGGGAUGCUAUCACUACAAAUGUUACAACAUAUCCGCUUAUUACAAAGAAAAUUUAUCUAGCCUUAAAAAGGAAUUGGAGGAAUGCCAUUCCUGUAAUCGGGUCACGCGACGCAAAGAGGACCACACAUCGUAUCGUAGACAACUCACUCCAUUAUCCACUGCGGCCUCGUCGAAACGUCGAAGCGUCGACACGAACAUGUCAUGCGACGAGGUUCUGGGAACCUCCGACGGGGGAGUAAAUGACUGCCAAGUUGAUAAUAAUUCUACUACGAACCCCACCCCUCCCGCUGCGGCAAUAACAUACGACCAGUUUGGCGCGCUGUUUGAUUGUAAGUUAUCCAAGUUAAGUACUGAUAUUAGAGCCGACAUCACCCACCUUCGCGAAUGUCUCGACGCUUUGAACACCAAACUGGCCGACUAUGAUCGGCGAAUUAAAUCACUUGAGUCCGUUGAAAAAGAAAAUAAUGUCCUUAAGGUCACCGUUGCCGCUCUGAAGUCUCGUCUAAACAGCCAAGCUCAGAUUGCCUUAGGAAAUGAGCUGGAAAUAUCGGGUCUUGAAGAAACACCAAAUGAAAAACCAACUCACUUGGUAUUAAUUACUGUCGCCGCUAAACUAGGCAUUGAGCUUCAGGACAUGGACCUGAAUUAUGCGCACCGAGCUGGUCCCAAAAACCAAAAUAUAAAUACUAACGUGAGUGGGAACCGUAAACUUCUUCGUUCCUUGAUGGUUGCUUUCACCCGUCGAGGUUUAGCUCUGUGCUAA